AUGGCCAACGGCGUCAAUGGUGUCGACGGGGACAGUGACAGCGCUCCGAGCUCCGGCUCGGACGCAGUCACUGCUGCCCAAGCUCGUGAGCGAAAAAUUCAGAAACGUGAUUUUAUUCACAAUGACCGUUCUCAAGCUCACCAGACCACAGCCCCUCCUCCGCCACCCCAGCUGCCUGGUCGCCAAUGCCUCGUCACGGUCGGAGCAACGGCUGGCUUCCGCUCCCUCCUCGAGGAGGUUAGCAGUGCGGGGUUCCUCCAGUGCCUCGCGGGUCAUGACUACAGGACCCUCGAGAUCCAGUGCGGCCCUGACCUCGACGCCAUCACGGAGCGCGUCGCCCGCCUGACCGACGAGGAGCGGGUCGGCAUUUCGGUCAUGUGCUUCGGCUACACGACCGAGAUGCAGUCACACAUCCUCGCCUGUCGUGGCGAGGUGAACGUGCGUCCGGCGGGGUGCGUUAUCUCCCAUGGCGGCACUGGAACUGUGGGCGAGGUACUGAGUCUCGGCGCCCCACUCAUUGUCGUCGCGAACUCGACGCUGAUGGACAACCACCAACUUGAGCUGGCUGAGAGCCUCGAGAACGACGGCCUGGCCGUCAUUGGGCACCUCGGAUCACUCGUCGACGCGGUCGAUCUCAUUGCCGACCGAAUCACCCAAGGCACGUUGGACGCCCUGCCGCCGUACUGCCCGCCGUCGUUUCCCGUUUCUGCCGCCGAUCGCGUUACUCUCUUCGAUUGGAUGGUACUGACCUGCUACCCAGCCGAGUUUGCUGCGCAGAUGAACGCGCUCAACCAGGCCGUCCUGGAAGCAAAUUUCGCCAACGCGUCACAGCAGCAACCGGAUGGAAACGGCAAUGGCCCGGCCGAGGCGGUCAACAACCAGGAGGACGACGGCAUGCCCCAGCUCGACUAG